ACCGACCUGCGUGGGGUUGGGGCUGGCUGUUGGCAGGACCUGGCUGCAGGAUUACUCAGGCGCAGAAAGGUAGGUGACGCUCUGAUGCUGCUGCCUCUCAUCAAGCUGACAGCGAGGGCGGAGAGAGAAUAAACUGUGUCUAAGACUGGUCCAGAUAAGGAGCCUGCUGGGAGCAACAAGCAACAAGCAACCUGUCUGGCAAGGAAUACAGCGUCCUUCUGAGAGCACCUUCUCAACAUCAUCCUGUGCACCACUACUUCCGCAUGGCAAGGGGCACGUAGGAUUUUGCUAUCAGCUACCCAACACUUUUGCUGAGCCAAAAUAAGACUACUGCUGCAGAACUCAAUGGGAUAUUGUAUAUCAGUUCAUUUUUGGAUCUUCUCAUCUUUCUGGUUGCAGUCUUAGUUAUUUGGCCCUGGGAAUUUUAAGCCACAUUUUUUGCUAUUAUUUUUGCAUGCACUUUUCACAAUGAUUGACUUAAGCUUCCUGACUGAGGAAGAACAAGAGGCCAUCCUGAAGGUUCUACAGCGGGAUGCUGCCCUAAAGAGGGCUGAAGAGGAGAGAGUCAGACAUUUGCCUGAAAAAAUUAAGGAUGACCAGCAGCUGAAGAAUAUGAGUGGCCAAUGGUUUUAUGAAGCCAAGGCAAAAAGGCACAGAGACAAAAUCCAUGGAGCAGAUAUCAUCAGGGCAUCGAUGAGGAAGAAGAGGCUCCAGGUUGCAGCUGAGCAAAGUAAGGACAGAGCAAACGUGGAGAAGGAAAGCUGGGUGAAUAAUGUCAACAAAGAUGCUUUCCUUCCCGCAGAGGUAGCUGGCCUUGCAGAGGAGCCGGAAGAAGAUGCAGCACCAGCAAGCUUGAGUUCCACUGUGGUAAAUCCAGCGUCCACUGUGAUUGGCAUGUCCCAGGAAAACACAAGGAAACCAGCUGUGUCUCCAGCUAAGCAAAGGAAUAAUCCGUUUAAUAGUUCCAAGUUGCCAGAAGAUCACUCAUCGCAACAAACGAUAAAUGAACAGUCAAAAAAUGGAAGAGCUGGCUUAUUUCAGACUUCAAAAGAGGGUGAAUUUUCAGAGUCAGAAGGAAAGUCACCUCUCCUAGAUACUUCAAGCCAAAUGUUGGAGAAGUCCAAGCAGACUUUACCAGACCCUUCAAACGGAUCCCCAGUUAAAGCUCCAAUCCCCAAAGCCAGGAAAAUGAUCUACAAAUCAAAUGGUUUAAACCAAGAGGAUAGCCAGUCUUUCCCUAGACAAAGGACAGACUCCCUGAGCACUAGGGGGACUCCAAGAGGGAUCCUCAAGCGCAACUCCAGUUCCAGUAGCACAGACUCAGAAACUCUUCGUUUUAAUCACAACUUGGAACCCAAAAGCAAAAUUGUGUUGCCUGCCCUAACCAUCCAUGAGAGAAUUUCUGAGAAGGAGCAUUCUUUGGAAGAUGACUCUACCCCAAACUCGCAGGAGCCAUUAAAGCAUGUGAGGUUCUCUGCAGUCAGGGAUGAACUUCCACAGAGUCCUGGGCUAGUCUGUGGCCGGGAAGUGGGAGAAUUUAGUGUUUUAGAAUCUGACAGAUUGAAGAAUGAAACAGAACAUGUAGGUGGCAUGGAUGAGUUUCAGAAUGAUCCUAAGCCAUCCCAGUACACAAAGCCUUUGCCUUAUCAUCAGUCAGCCUCAAAUCCAAAUAUAUCAAAAAGUGAAACACAUCAGCCAAUGACUUCAGGUUCUUUUCCAGUUAAUGGACUUCAUUCUCAUUCAGAAUGUGUAACUGCAAGACCACAGUCCAUUGAGAAUUCACUCACCAACAGCAAACACAAAGAAGACUCAUCAGCAUUAACAAGGCUUGAAUCAGAAUUGCCCAAAAGCCCUGCUGGUGAACAGACUCAUUACCUUAAGCCUGAACCAUCUCAGGUGCUAGGUUGCAGUUCUAGAGAUCAUCAGCAAGGUAAGCCUUCUCCUCUUCCGGCUCUAAAAGCUAAGACAUUCUCACGCUCUGAUCCAUAUGCCACUGAGAUAAGGAAGACAACUGAUGAUUCCAUAUCUAAAGUCCUAGACUGGUUUAACCGAAGUUCUUGUUCACAUAACAAUAAGGCAUCCCUUCAACAUCCCCAUGGAAUAGAGCCUGAAGAAAAAACAGGCUCCAAAUCGCAGGUUGCUAUUGCCUUGGUGACCAAUGAUGACAAUCUAAAGGAAAAUGGCUCAAAUGCCCUAUCAUCCGCCAAGGUUGAACUGAAGCCAGUGAGGUCUGACUCAGCAUUCCAAAUAGAAGGCGACAUGCUGGUUUCUGGAAAUGGUCAAGAAAACAAUGUGACUAUCCAGUCCAAAUCUAUGAAUCUGUCCCCACAACACACCUCAAAGGAAGGCCUGGGUAGACUGCAAACAUUUGAAAGCCAUGGUGUCUCAAGUCAAAAGAAUAAAAAUAAGGACUAUAGCCAAGAUACCAAAAGCAUAGGAAAUGGGGUAUCUCCUCCGGCCAAUAACUAUUCCUUCAAUGUUCCCAAGAGAUCUGACACAGAAGACCAGGCUCCAUGCAAUACCAGGAAUAUUGGCAGCUUUGUUGAAGAACCCAAGCUUCAUGUUUAUGAAAAAAAUAGAGGAGACUCAGAAGUGAAUUUUGAUUCUUUAACAGUUUUCCAAGAACCAAGUUUGGAAGGAGAUAGAAAGAGCAAAGGAGGAAAUACUCACAUCCUGAAAGCUUCCUUAGAGCCAGAGAACAUCGACUCAGCACGUGGGGUUGCCAGCAGUGGAUCUCCUUGGAAGAAGCCUGAGGUCCAAGUGCAAGAAGCUGAUGAGGUUCCCAAAAACCAAGUGCAAAGGGAGAAAUAUAAAAGAGUGAGUGACAGAAUAUCCUUUUGGGAAGGAGAGAAAGCUGCUAAGUUAACUCACAAAGAACUCAUCUCUUCAGGUGGCCGGGAACAACCCUCUGCUAAAGCAUGUCAGCCUGUGAAGUCACAGAAUAUGUCCAUAGACAGUUUAUCUACCGGCCAGAAUGAAUGUAAUCGUGUCACUGCCAAACGAGUGGUCCUAGAUGAGGAUGAUCAAGCACUCCUACUCUCCAGUUUUUACUCCUCAAAUAAACCUAAAGAGACCAGGCCCCAAAUACCAGAUCCACCCCAAAACCAUUCUUCAGCUGACCAAUCAGGCAAAGUGUCUCUGUUUCAGAUUAAGACAAAUGAGCCUGUAAAAAGACCACCAGUGGUAGACAGUUUGCAUUCUAGAAGAGACAUUAUUUUACCAGCCUUGCAACAUUCUUCAAAUGUUGGGAAUAAAAUGCCCACUCCUUUUGAGAAAGACAAACCUUUUGUUGGUGAAUCAAAUGCCAACUUUAAAGUUAUGUCCCUAAAAGAAAGAAUGGAUGGAUCCAGUGCAGAACAGGUCUAUAAUCACUCUCAGUUUGAGAAUCUGAGAAGGUUUUGGGACUUAGAAGCUAAUCCAAACAGUAAGAAUAAUGGUGAGAAGAAAACUACCACACCAGGCCAAAAACAUUCUGUGCCUUUUAACAGCCAGAAACACAAAGAAUUCAGUGAUAGUAAAUUAUCAGGGAAAAAUACUCACGAAUUUCAAUACUCAAGCCAAAAAAAAGUUACCGCAAGAGAGGAAAUGGAGAAAUCAAAUUCAAAGUGCGUGCUUCAGGUGCUACCAGAUGAAACCACAUUUUCAUUGAGACCACCCAGAAAGUCCACUCAUCAGUUGCCAGGAAAUGAAUCAUCAAAGGAAAAUGUGGAAAAGAAUACGGAAUGGGUCUUUACUCCAGUGUUCAAGGAAGACAAGUUUUACUCAGACCCAGAGAUUCAAGAAUCCAUAGUAAAAACAAGCGUUUUCUCUAAAAGUUACAAAGACACUUUGAAUGACAGCUUACAGAAACUUCUUUCAGAAGCUUUAUCGCCACCAAUUCAACCUUCUGUUGAAAACGUUCAUGGAGAACCAGUUCUCAACCCAGGUGUUUCUGAAAAUGAGACAUGGCCGCUCAAGACAGAUUUUGCUGAUACUGGGGAAGAAGCCAGAGGACCCAAGAAGAUCACUAGUGAGGAUGCAGACAAGACAGUAGGUCAGCCGAAGGUCAAACGGAGCACUCUGAGUGCGAGUCUUAACGAAGCGACUGGAACUUCACCCUCUCCUUUACCAACCAAACUAGAACCCAUUACCACUAGAAUCGACGCUGAGCCUGAAGAGGGGAGAUUUUUCGAAAAAGAGAGAGAACAGAGUCACAACACUUCAGCUUAUCAGAGAGAGACAGGAGCUCCUUUUCCAGAGGGAGGUGAAACUUUGGGAAAUACAGCUCUCCCCCAGAAAGCUGAAAGUGGUGAGUGCCAGCUAAACAUGGAGAACUUGCUUCAGAUGGCUGCAGAAGACUCUUACCCAUUAGACCAGCCUGCUAAUCUUUACAGAAAGGGUUCUCUGGGGGAUGUGGCCAACUCUCUGCAGGAUAGGUUUUUGUCCCGGGAUGCUCGUCUUGUUCCCCAGGAUAGGGCACUGUCUUCUCAAAGGGAAAUUUCAGAGACUAUAGAGGAAGUCAUUCUUCCACCCAGAUCUGCACUGAAUGAUAUAAAGGCUGCAUUACAGAAGCUGCGCAGAGAAGCUGGGUGGAGUUACCCAGCUGGGAGGGAAGGGGGUCCUGGAGAAGUGAAACCAGAAUUUCCCGAAGGAGUACUGGCAGCAGGUAGCCCCACAAAUCCUCUGGGAGUGAUCCUACCCAAGGAGGCCAUGGACACCAUAGUUCCAGAUGGCACAGAUUUUGGUUCCUUCAAUGUAGUUCCUGAUAAAACUCACGAAGUUGGAUCCUAUUCAGCUGCCCCAGUGUCUCCAGCAGAACAGACCCUUAGCUUAUCUGGUUUCUCUGUUAUGCAGCAUGGCAAAGGGCUGCCUCCGGAAGUGGAAGAAAUUGUGAGGGAAACAGUUAUUCAACCCAAAUCGGAGUUCCCCGAAUUCAAUGCUGGCUUAGAAAAACUACUGAAGGAAACAAGUGACACCCCCCUCUCAAGACAAAGUGAUACAGGGACUCUUUGCCCAUCAAAGUUAAUAGGUCGUUCAGAGGAGCCCAGGCAAGCUGCUUCUGAAUCCCAUCCUGAGGAAAUAAAAGAAACCAUAGAAAAGGCCAAGGCUCCAUCCAUAACUGAGAGUGCUUUUGAUAUUGGUUUUGAGAAACUUCUUAAAGAAAUAUCUGAAGUUCCUCCUCAUCAGUUCCAGGAGUCAGUAAAGGAAGAAACUCCCGGGAAGGAGCCCUCUCAGUCAGAGCAGGCCAGAUUCUUGGGGCCAGUGCCCCCUUUUUACACUUCAGCCUCCUCUGAAGUGAAAGUUAAAAGUAAUGGUUUAGAAUCUCAAGUUAGCCAAUGUGACAAAGUAUUGAGAGGAGAUGAAGCUGUGAGUGAUUUAUCAGUAGGUUUUUGUGGUUCUGAAUGCAGAGUUGAGAUUCCCGGAACCCCACAACUUCAUGUGGACCAUGAAAUAGAGACAAUUAAGAAUAUACAACCCAUGGAUGGCAGGAACAGUGACAGUGAGGCCGCAGGGAGACCAGGGGCUUUGCCGGGACCUGGCUUUGAAGAGGCUCCCGAAGCAAUUAUUUUGUCCAGAAAUAGGCACACCAUUCCUCUUCCAACAAACAAAGAAAAUCCUACAAAAACAAGUAAAAUUGAAUUGAUUCUAGACUCACCAUAUAAGAGACGAGAGAAAGAGGAAGAAAAAGGCUUCUCUGACUCUGAUUUUUCAGAUGGAAACACCGGUUCUAAUGUGGAAAGCUGUAGAAAUACCUCCAGUUCAGAAGAAGAGCCCAGUCCUGUUUUGAAAACUUUGGAAAGGAGUGCUGCUAGGAAAAUGCCUUCCAAAAGUCUAGAAGACAUUUCGUCAGAUUCAUCAAAUCAAGCAAAAGUAGAUAAUCUGCCAGAAGAAUUAGUACAUAGUGCUGAAGAUGUUUCCACAGUGCCUGCACAGCCUGAUAAUCAGUUUUCCCACCCUGACAAACUCAAAAGGAUGAGCAAGUCUGUUCCAGCAUUUCUCCAAGAUGAGAGUGAUGACAGAGAAACAGAUACAGCAUCAGAAAGCAGUUACCAGCUCAGCAGACACAAGAAGAGCCCGAGCUCUUUAACCAAUCUUAGCAGCUCCUCUGGCAUGACGUCCUUAUCUUCUGUGAGUGGCAGUGUGAUGAGUGUUUAUAGUGGAGACUUUGGCAAUCUAGAAGUUAAAGGAAAUAUUCAGUUUGCAAUUGAAUACGUGGACUCACUGAAGGAGUUGCAUGUUUUUGUGGCCCAGUGCAAGGACUUAGCAGCAGCAGAUGUUAAAAAACAACGUUCAGACCCAUAUGUAAAGACCUAUUUGUUAUCAGACAAAGGCAAAAUGGGCAAGAAGAAAACACUUAUAGUGAAGAAAACCUUGAAUCCUGUGUAUAAUGAGAUACUGCGGUAUAAAAUCGAAAAGCAAAUCUUAAAGACACAGAAGCUGAAUUUGUCUGUCUGGCAUCGGGAUACAUUUAAACGUAAUAGUUUCCUAGGGGAAGUGGAACUUGAUUUGGAAACAUGGGACUGGGAUGACAAACAGAAUAAACAAUUGAAGUGGUACCCUCUGAAGCGAAAGACAGCACCAGUUGCCCUUGAAGCAGAAAACAGAGGUGAAAUGAAGCUAGCUCUCCAGUACGUCCCAGAGCCCAUCCCUGGUAAAAAGCUUCCUACAACUGGAGAAGUACACAUCUGGGUGAAGGAGUGCCUUGAUUUACCACUGCUACGGGGAAGCCAUCUAAAUUCUUUUGUUAAAUGUACUAUCCUUCCAGAUACAAGUAGGAAAAGUCGCCAGAAGACAAGAGCUGUAGGGAAAACCACCAACCCUAUCUUCAACCACACCAUGGUGUAUGAUGGUUUCAGGCCUGAAGAUCUGAUGGAAGCUUGUGUAGAACUUACUGUCUGGGACCAUUACAAAUUAACCAACCAGUUUUUGGGAGGUCUUCGGAUUGGCUUUGGAACAGGUAGAAGCUAUGGGACUGAAGUGGAUUGGAUGGACUCGACAUCAGAGGAAGUUGCUCUCUGGGAAAAGAUGGUAAAUUCUCCCAACACUUGGAUUGAAGCAACACUGCCUCUCAGAAUGCUUUUGAUUGCCAAGAUUUCCAAAUGAGCCCAAAAUUCAGUGGCUCCUCCACUGAAAACUACUAAACAAGUGGGAUCUGAUCUUCAAAAUCUGACUACCUGGACAAAGACCCUCACUUUAUCUAUUGCCACCAAGAAAUACUAUACAGCAUGUAAAAGUCA